AUGGUGCCUCACGAUGCCUCCCAUUUAUACGACGACGACGAUGACGACACCGAAAUGAGUCUCUUGAAUGGCUAUGGGUACCAUUACAAAAGCCGUCCUUCUGAUGAGGCAACCGAACCGGGUUCAACGGGAUCAGACGAUAACGUUCGAAGGCGGCAAACGACCAAUGACCUUGAAUUCAAACCAGAGAUAGAUACGGGGGAUGUAUCAGACUCUUGUUUUUCCUUCAGGAAGUUGUGGAAAUAUACUGGUCCAGGGUGGUUAAUGUCUAUUGCAUAUCUUGACCCAGGGAACCUUGAGUCCGAUUUACAAGCUGGCGCUAUUGCAGGUUACAAGCUACUAUGGUUGCUGUUUUGGGCCCAUGUUAUUGGUCUCGUAUUCCAAUUAUUAUCAGCACGCCUUGGCACCGUAACAGGACAACAUCUCGCACAAUUGAUCCGACGAGCCUAUUCACCUCGUGUCUCCUUUGUACUAUGGGCGUUUGCACAAGCAGCUAUCAUCGGUGCGGAUAUCAUGGAGAUCAUCGGCACAGCCAUUGCAUUACACAUCCUUCUUCAUCUUCCUCUAUGGGCUGGCGUCAUGAUCACGACCAUUGAUACAUUUACAUUUAUGAUGAUCCAACGAUACGGCAUGCGUAAAAUGGAAGCCUUUUUUAUGCUGCUCAUCGCUAUCAUGACGGGAUGCUUUUGGAUGGAAAUGAUCGUCUCCAAACCAGAUGUUUCUCAAAUCGUACGUGGAUUGAUUGUUCCUGUGGUACCAAAGAAUGCAUUGAUUCAAGCAGUGGGUAUGUUGGGAGCUGUCGUCAUGCCACACAAUAUGUUCUUGCAUAGCGCAUUGGUUGGUUCUCGUGAUUUGGGACCGGAGCCAUCUGUUCGCAAGAAACGGGAAGCAAACUUCUAUUUCGGCAUCGAAUCCGGUUUGGCCUUGUUCAUCUCCUUUCUUGUCAACCUUGCAAUCGUGGUUGUUUUUGCACAAGUGUUCUAUAAACCGGAUACUCCUGAUACAGCUGAUUUUCCUGGUUUGGCAGAUGCAGAUGCAGUAUUGAAGAGAACGCUGGGCCAAUCUGCACAAUAUCUUUGGGGUGCAGGAUUACUUGCUGCGGGUCAGAGCUCCACUAUGACCGGGACAUUUGCUGGUCAAUAUGUCACGGAAGGAUUCUUUGGGAACAUUUUCAGAAAAGAAUGGCAUCGUAUGGCAAUUACUCGUGGUAUAUCUCUUGUACCAAGCAUGUUGGUAGCUGUGUUUGCUGUUGAUCGCUUUGACACGAUGGGAGAAUUAUUAAAUGUUCUUCAAAGCGUGUGCCUCCCACCAGUGAUCAUCCCAAUCGUCAAGCUUUCUUCAGCCGCUGUUGUCAUGUCAUCCGAAUUCAAGUUAUCAAGGGUUAUGCAUAUUGUUUCUUGGGCGCUGACGGUCGUCAUUGUUGGAUUCAACAUCUUUUUGUUUGUAUCCCACGUCAAUGGACCCAUAUCCCUGGCAGUGUUCAUUGUACUUGGAUCAAUCUACGUGGGAUUCUUGAUAUGGCUGACAUGGUUGCCAAUAAAUUAUUCCCCUGCUUCCAGUGAAGACGAUGGAUGGAUGGCUUUACCGCUUCACGAAGGCCAAGGUGAAAAUCAGACAAGGACAUCAACAGACGAUGAUGACAUUUCCAUACGAAGUCGUUGA